AUGCCAACUUUGUCCACGCAAGUCGACGCUCCAAAUAUUGGAUUUCCAUGCUUUGCGCCUCAACAAGAGUUCGCUUCAAAAUUUGGAUUUUCAUGCAUACCCGCACUAGUAGUCGCUGCAAAUAUUGAAUUCUCUUUCUCUGCGCCCGCACAAGUAGUCUCUCCAAAACUUGGAUUUUCUUAUCCAACGCUUGCUCAAGUUGGUGCUUCAAAUCCUGGAUCCGCCUUCCGAGCUCUUUAUUUUCUAUAUCUCGCGGGUCUAUCUCACGCAGUUGUCUAUAUUCUUCAGGAACGAUUCCACCUUCCCUACCCUCGUGACUUCGCCGUCGUCGACCUCCGCGAUUUUGUUCAGCCAUUGGUUGAAGCUAUUCCCUACCUCUUACCCACUUUAUUGUUUAUUCUCUCUUCCUUCUCAAGAAGAUUUAAGUAUGGUGACUUGGGUAAUGGUGAUGGGUUGGCCACCAUCACUGGUGGCUAUGGUGUCUCAAAAGCUUGUGCAACCUUCGCAUCCAUGGACUUUCCCCUAUGCUUCUCGGUUUCUUCUGCUCGUGCCCCACAUGAUUUCGUGGCUGGUUUCCAUUCUUUUCUUAGUUCUCCAUCACAAGAUCUCUCUUGGUUUCCAUUUCUGGUUGUGAAACUUGCAUUCCAUCUCGCCUUCUAUGCUGCCAAGUUGCUGAAGAAGACUUAUUUUAGUGGAGGAACGGUUGCUGCAUCAAUUGCUGACAUUGAUUUUAUUAAAAGAAGAGAAGGUAUUGAAGAACUGUUUGAGGAUGGCACUGUUUCAUUCUUGAGCAUAGCAUCUAUCCGCCAUGGCUUUAAAAUCCUGAAUUCUCUUACUGUACCAGCAAUAUCAUGGCAUACAACAUCUCUUGCCUUGUAUACAAGGAAAAUGCUUUUGGCCCUGAGGCAUGGCAAUGGAUCUAGUAUGUGCUUCCUCUAUGGACGUCAUAAUUCAAUGCGUGUAGAAAUGGAGCACUGUGAUCCGCAAGUACACAGAAGGGAUAUGAAAAAUAAAGGAAGAAAUGUUGUGUGGUCAAUUGCAAUGGAUAAAUGCCUAAUUGAAGCUCUGGUUGUUCAAGCAAAAAAUGGAAACAGAAUUGACAAAUGUUUCAGUGAAAAUGCAUAUGUUGCUGUCUGUGUAGCUGUAAACACUCGUUUCAACUUAAAUUUGAAUAAUCAGAAAAUUAUCAACCGUCUGAAGACACUUAAGAAGAGGUAUAAAGUAAUAAAAGAUGUGCUAAGUCAAGAUGGUUUCUGGUGGAAUCCAAAUACAAAGAUGAUCGAGUGUGAUCGUGAUGAGCUUUGGAAGAGAUAUGUUUCGACACACCCUGAUGCAAAAGGAUUUCGCGGAAAGCAGAUAGAUAUGUAUGAUCAGCUUAAAGUUGUUUGUGGGAAUGAUCAAGCUCCUGGUCGUUGGGCUAAGAUGAAGGGUGAUAAAAAUCAAGUGGACAUGAAGAACUGUGAAGAUGAAUCAGCCUCAUUUGCAUCUCCCAGUUCAGAAAACAUGAGUGAGACAGAUGGAACUGAGUCUUACAGUGUGCCUCCAGAGUAUGGUCAGAUACCGGAGCCUCCUGCGGUUCAACCUCUGAGACAACUUCCCAAACGUCCUUGCAGUUCAGAUGCUCUUCAGGAUGCAUUGAUGACGGUGGCAUCAAGCAUACAACGAUUGGCUGAUUCAAUGGAGCACAGCAAAUGCACAAUUGAUGCUGCAGAGCUAUUUCAGGCUGUGAUGGAGAUAGAUGGGUUGGAAGAGGGAAAACAGAUGUAUGCAUUUGAAUAUUUAAAUGUUGAUCCUGUCAAAGCCAGAGCUUUCCUGACUUACAAUUCUAGGAUGAGAAAGAUAUACUUGUUUAAACAGUUCUGGUGGUGGAGGGGAGGGUGA